AUGGACGGUACAGGGAAGGGUUGUUGCCUUGAACAAGAAUCGAUUACUAAUGCACACAAGGUGCUCGACAUAAUGUCUCUGUUAGGUGUUCACCCCGAUGAGACCACUUUUGGCUACCUUGUCUAUCUAUAUGCAACAACAGGACUUGAGAACAAGAUGAUUGAACUACAAGACUUGGUAUCUAGUGUGAUCCCUGUUUUCAAGUCGGCUGCUGAAGAGUUGUUAAACACUUCCGGCCUAAAACCAGUAGAGCUUCUUGCAAAGGCACUUGCCAAGAGCAUUGGGUAUACUAAAAUGAAGCACAUGUCACUCUUAUCAUCUAUGGAAAAUCAUGUCACGUUGCAUCUUGAGGCUGGAAGACCUGUUUACACACCUUCGUAA